AUGGAAGUAGCCGGUAGGGAGCAUUUGAUCCGCAGUGUGGUAGGCGCCUUCGUUGCUCUCAAUGGGAGUGGCAGGCCCUCGUCGCGGCAAGUAGUCUACGAUCUGAUUGCAGCGCUGGGCCAGUUGAAGUUUGGUGACGGUGCAUUGUUUGAACGCGUGUCUGCAGAUUUGCACUUUUCUGUUACAGACGCAGAUGUCAUUGGCUCGCUAUGGGGGGACUAUACGGAGAGUACCCAAUUGGAUGUUGUUGCCGUUUUGGUGGCGUAUUGCUCGGUGUUCCCCUUUUUGCAACCUCUGGUACGGAGGAACGCUCAUAAAUGGACCAAGAUUCCUAGUCGAUGUGUCGGAACAAGACGGACAGAAGGCGUCCGGGUUUUUACAGUGCUCAAGAUUGUAUCGCAAUUUAGCUCUUUGGACGAUGAGUUGUUCCAGUUUUAUAAAUUUGGCUGGGGUAGUGCACUUUGUCAUCACUGGAUACCGUUAUGGACCAAUGGGUUGAAAUCAGAUUGGGAUACGCAGUUGCAGAAUAAUUCAAUAACAGAAAUGUUUGCCAACGAACCCAAAAUGCAUUAUUUUAUCGUCACAUGCUCUCCAGAACAACUGGACUACAAAGAAACGACAAUGGCCCCCUUCAAACCCUUCAUUAUGAAAACGUACUCCUCUUGUUUGAAAUUCUUUAACCCGGAUUGGAUGGACAUACCAGUAGCUGAGAAAAUUAGAGAACAGACACGAGGGGCACCAUCUGAUCUGCAACUCGUGAUGGAAGUCAUAGACCACCCAGAACUGAGUUUUCUAGAGGAAUCCAGACUGAUCUUCUUGCUCCAUGGUGCACUGCGCAAUAUCUCUCAAUUAAACGCUGUCUCGUUACAUGACAAAUUGGGUCAGCUGGGUACCACUCAGUCGAUGCUGUCCAUUUUCAAACUGUUAGAGUUCAUACUAGCAAAAUUUUUGAACCAACUUAGGGGGAAGACGGUGAGCUCAAAUUUUAGUAUCCCACAUUGGUUUGCAGAAGAUAUCCUAACGAAGAUACCCCCUAUCUCCAAGCCGUUAUUUAUUUUUGAAGAUGAGCAUGCGGACAUGGCGGGACCAUGGGCAAGAACCACAACGACGAAAAACAUUGAGAUCUUACUUCAAUGUCUGAAUUAUACGCUCAUAAUAAACAAUUCCAUAUUAAAGCAGUAUCGAGUGCUCAAUAUCGACUACUUAAAAGUUGGUGACACAUCAAACUCUACCGUUGAUUACAUUCUAAGUAACUCAUUUUUCCAAUUGAAUUACAUCGCAUCACUUACUACCCUAUGUGUAUCCAAGCAGGUCGAGGAGGUACAACAGGAUCCCCUGGAGGGUAAACUACUGUUUGCUAGCUCUGUCAAAAGCAUCGAGAAUUUAAUCGUAUUGCAUGGGAACACGGCGCUGUACCAUUUGCUCAAGUUUAUCAAGCAAAUAUCGCAAGAAAAUUUACUACUGCAAGGCAUCUCUAUCCACUUGCUAAAUCAUUUAUUUUAUCACGGAAGAAGUAGGUUCGUACACGAAAUUUGCUCACAGAAUGAACUUUCGACAAACGCCCUCAGAGAGUAUAUCUCAUUGUGGAAUGACGGCUCGGAGAAAUAUGCCUCCUUUUACUGCGAUAUCCUUCCAGAGAAACAGAAGAAGGUUAAGAAAGUCACAGUAAACAUCGACCAUUUAAACCAAAUUAUACAGGAUCUGGAGCAACCUGGGGAAAAUGAAAAUGUGCCCCGCGCGACACCGGAAUCUAAAAGAGACUCGCAAACGUCGCAUUCACGGGCAACACAAAAACCUGCUACUAUUUCACAACCAGUGCCACAGAAAUCAAUGAAAAACUACAUGAAUUCUGACAUACCGACUGCUACCACUUCCAAAUACGAUGCUUACUCCGCAGCAUCAUUCGUACCUUCUUCCACUGCCAAUGCAGGCUCUAACCUUGGGACAAGCCCCUUUCUACAGCAGCAACACCCCUCAGGAGCAGCUACGGCAAAUCCAGGAGGCUACGUUAUUCCAAACUACAAUACGGGUAUAAAUGUACCUAUGGACACACCAACCUACACGAAUAAUUCACCCUUCAAUCUGAAUUUCAACUACUCUACCGCACUGUCGAGACGUACAGACUACAUCAACAGUUCGUCUGCCCCAAAUACUCCAUUACCUGUCGUGCGCCCUGAUCUAAGAACAGGCCACACAGCUAUGAGAAACCCAUCGUUGGGGGGUGCUUCCUCCGCAUCAACUACGGCCACAUCGAACGCAUCAACUGUGGCGUUCACGUCAUCUCCCUGGAACACAGAACCAACGAAUAUGAUGAUGACGAAGACGCCACAGAACAAGAUUGUCAACACAGGGAAGAACUACAUUCUGGGUGGACACAACAACGUAAAGAACAAUAGCAGGGCCCAAUCUAUUCAUAUUGACCAGUUCCAAACAGGGCCAACUAUGUAA